CGGACAUCAUGUCUAGCAUCGGCCCUGUCCUUGUUACCGGCGGCAAUGGCUUCAUAGCCUACCACAUCAUCGCCAAAAUUCUCGAGGAGGAGCCUGAUUGCAGCAUCCACUCGAUUGAUGUAAAUAUUGACCGCAACCGCCACCCCAAUCCGAACGUGCACUACCAUCAUAGCGAUUUGGCCUGCGUCGAGGAUGUGCAGCGCAUCAUGCAGAUUGCCCGCCCGGUUACCAUCUUCCAUACAGCAUCGCCCGGGUUCUCCGACGCUCCGGAGUCAGCCUACCAGCGCAUCAUCGUCGACGGCGCACAUCACCUCCUAGAUGCCGCAGUGAAGGUGAAUACCGUGCGAGCCCUUGUCAACACAUCUACCCCGGGCGUCAUCAAUGAUAACCACACUGAUCUCAUUGAUACCACAGAGGAAAUGCCCAUAUUGCGUCCCGCACAGCAGAAGCGGGUCUACUGCAUCGCCAAGGCAGAUGCAGAAGACGCUAUCCAAGCUGCCAACCGCAACAGCGGCCAGGACGAUCGAGGCAUCCUCACCUGCGCAAUCCGACCCGGUCUUGUAUUCGGCGAGCGUGACGUCGGCUCCUUAGGUAAAAUGUUCGCCGUCGCGCGCCAAGGCAAGACCCGGUUCCAGAUUGGCAAUGGGCAGAACCCGUACGAUUUCAUCUACGUGGGAAACCUAGCAGAUGCACAUCUCCUAGCCGCUCAUGCCCUUCUCAAUGCCUGGGGCAAGCCCUCCCCGGCAGACGCAUCAACCCGUCGGGCGGUUUCCGCCCUGGCGGGUAAUCCAGUCCGGUCUGAGGAUAUUGUGGUUAUCCCGAAGUGGGUUGGGCUGACGCUCGGGUUCCAGAACGAGUGGGUUGCAUGGAUAAUUUCCGGCGGUACUAGACCUGCCAAUAUGACACGUGAGGGUAUUCGCUUUAGUACUCUCAUCCGCACGUUGAAUGGAAACAAGGCCAAACAGGUGCUUGGGUAUCGUCCUAAGGUGGGCAUGCAGGAAGGUCUUGAGCGAAGUGUGCGGUGGUUCAUGGAGAAUGCUGAGAGGGAGGCCUAGGCA